GUCUGUUUUACUCUGCUGCAUAAGGAACUGUAGUCCACCUGUACUGUAUCAUACUCGAGUACCGUACGUGUGCAGCCCGAUUUCAGCUCAGGUUUGACAGAUUUCUGGGGUCCUCAAGGCUCUAAACGAGAAGAGCCACCGAUGCGGUUCCAGUUGCUGCGCUGCACUGUACGAGUACGGGUGCCCACACCCUUUCCAUUUGCGUUUUCGAGUUAACCUACCGGGACUGCAAAGCGGGAAGAGGCGAAGCUCCUCAAUAGCCCUACAAAUAUAGCCAUCUACUGUGACACGACCUCAUUCGGCCAAUAAGGCUUCCAUUUCUGGAUUUCGGGAUUGGGAAAAACCGCUGUUAGCUGCUUGCUGCGGACUGCAGGCGCCCAAAAGAGGUUGAAUUUAUCUGCACAGACUGUCUCUCCCUACUCUCGUUCCUCAGGAAAGGUACCGAACAGCCACAAGCCACCAUCGGUUACCGGACCGUACCGGGAGACCCCAGAGAAUAAAGUAAAAAAUACGGUAGUGUUGAUAAAUAAUUGGGAAGUCGCUGGCCAGUGCUGUCAGGGUUGUGGUGCCUUCCGUGCCCCCGCUUUGGAUUAUUAUCCACCUGCCUUUUACCUAUAUAAGGAAGAGAUCCUCCUCCGGAGCUACCUAUCUCGUUCCCGGGGGCCUAUCUGUUACUGUCGCCCAGGAUUGACUGCCCCUCCGAAGCACUUUGCAAUUACGCAUACCGAAAGGAAAAGAAAACAUACUUUGCGAUAUCUAAUCAAUAAACCGUUGGAUAAGAGCCCACAUUUGCACCCCUGAACAAGGACCGGCGACAAUGCCAUCCUCAGUUGAAGGUUUGCCAACUUCUGAAUACCGACAAUUGCAACCUACUCUACAGGGAAGAAACAAUGGAAAGCCUACCUCCAUCGCAUAGGUUUGCUGCAGAGUUGGAUGCCGGGUGGGGGGGGACAGAGGGGGGGGAAGCGGAGCGACUGCGUGGUAAUAACUCGGCGGUGCUACGGAGGGUGGAGAACCAAAUGGGUAUGAACCCGAUCCCGAGUGAAUGAUUGGAAAAAAGGGGGGGAAGGAGAAGUGAGGGAAGAGAGGCGAAAAAACAAGCAAUCAAAGCAAGAGAGCUCUGCGCAAGCUGGGUGAAUGAAGUUGAGAAGGCUGUCAUUUCUUGGGGGGCGAUCCUUUCAAGGCUCAGUGUUUGUUCUGACGGUGAAAAUCAUAGGAGGGGUGGAAACAUUCCUGCAGGAGAUGCUGCGACGGCGAGAUGUGCUGAAUGGAACGAGUAGAAAACGCAAGCCUUCUGUGAGCACGAUUUGUUUUUUUAAUUUUUUUAUUUCUGCAGGGGACAUUAUGAUUGGGUGUCUGACUUCUUUUCAGUUAAGCACUGGGGAGCCGGUUCUCAGCCUAGUUGCUUCAUCGAAGUUGCGCGACUAUCUCAUCACGCAAAUGAGUGAUAGCUCAGAUUCCAGCGAGGCUGACUCCCCUCCGGGGAGUAUUACCAGUCUUGAUUCACAAACAUCCAUAUCCUCACCAACAUUCCCAAGUGAAAACUCGAUGCCGAUACUGCCGGAAAAGUCUGUCCUCGAUUUAAUACCUGAAUGCGUUCCUCACUUCUCGCAAAAGGUAUUGGAUGAGAUCACAAUGCCAAUGUCGGGGUGGGUUUCUCUUUUCAUGAGCCUUGGUGGCUGGUGCACGGUAGCUUACUCUAAUGUAUCCAGCUGGAAUCCAUCGACAAUGACACUUCCCCCUCCACGGCCAGCCAAUCUGGAAAGCCCCACUAAUCGGGAAUUAUUACAGGCCUACCUGGAUAUUUCGGCAAAACGACUAGCAGAUACCUCGCCCUCAUACGUGGAUCUAUUUAGAAAGUACAUACCUGCCAUGGCUUAUGAUUCGACGGGGUUGAUGGAGGGAAUAUUGGCCUUAGCCGCAAUUCAGAUAGGGUUGAUGAGGAAAGACACCCGCAUAGUAGCAGUCGAUGCUGCUUCUCAUUACCAUAAAGCGUUAAAGGCGCACUUUAACGCCGUUGCAGACCCUAACUCUAGAUCAAAAGACUCACUCCUCGCUACAAGUAUAAUCUUGGGUCAUUACGAGGUAUUUUGCCCUCGGCUUUUGCUUGUCUCGGCCAUUCACUUAUGCUCCGUGCCAUCAAGAUCUGGAAUGGAGAAAAUGUGAAAAUGGGUGUUCAUAUGUUGGGAGGAAGGGACAUAAUACUGGCUAGAGGUAUCAGAGACUCUUUUUAAUCUGAAUAUCGGGGCCAACCAUUGAUACCGGUUUAGGUAAAGCAGCUCACAUGACGCCAGUGGGGAGAGCCCUUUAUGCCGCUUUCAAUAGGAUGGAUGUGGCCACCUCAAGUAUUACGGGAAACCCAACAUUUCUAACAAAGGUUAGAUAUGCCCUUGUGGAUUGGCUGCGCGUAGAGCAUUAUUAACUUUUAUCCGUUUAGGAUUGGUGGACCGUUGACCCAUUCACUCGUGUUCCAAUUUCAACGGACUCCCCAACCCUUCUAGCAGCUGACGCUGCUCUCUCGAAGCUCUGUGUGCUCUGUUGUAAGCUCACCUAUCUUAAAGCUUGGUCGUUGAAACGUAGGAGGACCCUGUGGGUUAAAUCCAAUGGAAACCCCUCCUUAGAACAAAAGGAAUCACUCCAAGAAAUAAUUGAAGAUCGAGUAUUAAAAUUAGAAGAAGAACUUGAUAUGUGGUAUGCCGAGCUUCCCUCUUGGUUUUCCGCCCUUGACACCGGUCCCCCGGACUAUAAUCCUGGAGACGAAGACAUAAACACAACCCCAAUUGCUUCAAUUGCCAUGGGAAGCUAUCAGCAUACAUCUAUAGCCCUUGUCCAUGGCUGGGCAAUCGGCGUCAGGCUUCAGCUCAACCGGAUAAGUAACCCUGACAUGCCGGUUGUUCCACCUCGCCUAGGAUCUCUGUGCCACACGCUCCUCCGAAUAUUUGCUUGUUUGCCGAGUUCGACUGAUGCAUGCAUGUAAGUGCCGUUGCUCUCAAGAGGUUCUAGGAACAAUUCUUAACUCCUUCCAUAGUGUGGCCCCAUUAUUUGCAGCUGGCAUGGAACUACGCCAAAAGUGUCACCAAGAAUGGUUAUUAAUUGCUCUGCGAGACCGAAUAGACGAGACUGGGUUCCAUGGUUUGAUAUUCCUGCGGGAAGGAUUGCGUUUUACCUGGGCCAAGCUGGAGGGCAUGAACAAGGGCCGAUUCAACCGGAUAAAAGAAGGGGCCGCAUCAAAGUAUGGAAUUUCCCGUCCGUCGCUCGUGUUUUUUGGCUAAGAGAUGUCUAGAAUCGACGGAGUUUCGGAAAACCUCUGGGCAGCCGAAGGGAUGCUAGGAACAUUUGAGAAGCUAGCGCUUUACGAUUCACCAGACAUGGUGGGAAAGAGAAAAAAUUUCCAGGGGGAUAUUGACACAUCCAAUCUUCCGGAGGAUCUCGUUCCAUAUGAAGCUCCUAAAGCAGACCCCAUAGUUAUAGUCAUCGACAGUGCCAGCUCAAGUCCUGUUGCUGCUCCGAAGCGGCUGAGGUCCGACUCACCGGAAAUAAUAUUAGUGAAAAGAAAUGGCCGUGUUGUGUGAUCUUCAAUAAUCUUUAUCCCAAGAGUGGCAUCUCUAGGAUGACGACGGUAUACCACCACCACGUCCUUGCUUUGCCGAUCUGGACGCCUUUUGAGAAAUUGCGAUUGAUUUAAUUUGGGGAUAUGUUUACCGCUUGGAGUCUCGUGAGGCUAGGGGCAAUGAUGUGGGCGCAUGAUUAUGAUGGGUUUGAUAGAGUGGUUGCGCGCUUUUCGGGUCGGGUCGCAUGAAAACAGCGAAUGAAAUAUCAACUGGUUAUCGGAUGUACCUUGCGCCUUAUGAAGUUGCUGCGUUGCUGUGAUACCAGCAAAAGCUCCGUUCUGAGAUUUGGAGUAUUUCGCACCAAAUAUGAUAUUCCCAAAAUAUCUAGCUUUCCACCCCCACGCUGACUCGCUCUCACAGACUCGAGUGAUACUAUGUGAAUGUCAGUCACGAAUGUGAGAGUAUUACCGGCAUGUCUAGAGUUUCCAAGAACUCUGUGAUUAAAAAUGACCCUACCGCGCUGGCAGGGCAAGCGGUGCGGGGGUGCGCAUUUAACCUUCCCCAGGAGGAUCCCUUUUCAACAUUCUGCCAGCUGCCGCUGCUACAGUUGCGAUCGGACCGUCGGGCAGGUGCCUCAGCUGGGCCCAUAUCCCAACUGGUUGAGUGGAAUACUUUACAAAGUGCCGGCGAGUGGCUUUCCUGUGUGGGGAGACACCAUUCCUUCGCACAAAGAAACAACAUCCCUUUCAGCUCCUAAAAUAGAUCCUCCUUCCCUACCUUCGAGGAUCACAGCCCCCAGUCAACACAAACGACGUUAAGAUAUACUACGGCAAAACAGCUCAGUAUUUCUCUCUUGCUAGCCUUCUACAAAGCCAUGUUAGGGGUAAUUAGGCUUGGCACCAAAUGUGUUUGUGGUGGCCCCUACGUGUGCUCUCCAGCAAAGAGUCUAGUUUCCACAUGAGAUACUUCACAUCCUGGGGCAGGCCUAGUCGAACAUAUCUAUGAGAGAACUAAAGGCCGUAGCAUGUAUGCCCCUCCCCGUGUUUCGGCAAGCUGGCGCAGCAGUUUUGGUUCAAUCAACGAACAGCCCCUGCCAAGAUGGCUAUCCAAUUCUUCUGAUGAUGGCACGGGUACCGACUAAUCUUCCACUGGCUGAGGGACCUGCUCAGUGUGUUCUCUUUUUACCUCUGUCCAAUUUUAUGAGAUGUGCCGGUAGGCCCUGGUAAUACGGGGGUGCGUUUGUUAGUUUUUGCUAAUUUUACAUUAAUCAAUGGCUUAUUACGAGUACAACUUGUCCACAAUUGUUUCUAGUAGGUUGUGCCUGCAGGUUGUGCCUGCUACGAUGUGGAAUAUCAGUGCGGUUUCCAAUUCGUGCGCACUCGAGCAGAUUUCCCUGUAUCUAGUAGGCGAUUGGAAGGGUGGGGAUGGUUAUGUUAC